AUGGAGGGGGACAGCUUCUCCGGCGCCAUGGCGAACGGCGGCGGCGGCGGGCAGGUGGUGGACGGGAAGCUGAUCCAGACGUUCCACAAGAGCUUCGUGCAGGUGCAGAGCCUGCUGGACCAGAACCGGAUGCUCAUCAGCGAGAUCAACCAGAACCACGAGUCCCGGGCGCCCGACAACCUCACCCGCAACGUCGGCCUCAUCCGGGAGCUCAACAACAACAUCCACCGCGUCGUCGGCCUCUACGCCGACCUCUCCGCCUCCUUCGCCCGCACCAUGGACGCCUCCUCCGAGGGCGACUCCUCCGGCACCCUCAUCCGCUCCUCCGCCGCCGGCCACAAGCGCGUCCGCCCCGCCUAG